AUGGUCACACUUUUGCCGAUGGGGAGAACAUUUGUCCGAGAGGCGCAAUGGGAAAAGCCCACCGAAGGACAGGGACAAUUUGCGAUUGGGUUAACAGUCGUUCUGCCAUGCAAUCGUUUCAAAUUGAAUGGAACUUUUUGCACGAAUGGCUCAUUCAAUGGAAGUUUUGCCUUGUGUCGAUACGAUAAGGAAUGUGAUCCACAAAAGCAUGAUUGGUAUUAUGCGUGGAAGAGCAGUGAUAAUAAGAAGUUCAAAUAUUUGGAUGUUUCAAAUCAGAAUGGAGCUUCAUUGCAAGGAUUCUCAUUGGACUAUAUUGAUGUGAAGCCUGGGACG